UAGAUUAAAUCAUACCAAGGAACUUUAAUUGAUUUGCUUAAUAACCUCUCUGUUUUUCACCCAUUUCAACUUUGAGGCUCUUUAUAUUUUACUCCUAUUCUCUUUUUUUUGCUUAAAUAAUUCAAAUUUCAUUUAUCAUGGAUGGUUUCACUAUCGAUACUCUUCCGGACAAGGGACUUCUAGAACUGGUGGAGCCGCAAAAACCUCGUGAACCUCGUAAAAAGAAACAACGAGAAGAAACAGAUGAGCGACCAAAGCGCUGGAGAAAAGCAGCUUGGGCUGAUACUGAUGACGACAUAAUUGCCGUCGAAGGUUUUCCUAGCUCUAAAUUCCCUAGAAAAGUAACUCCAUUCACCGACUAUCGAUCUUAUUUAGUCUCUAAAUUUGAGACCAUCUAUGGUCGACCCAACUGGGCGACUAGAGCUGCAGCCAAACGAUCUGCUGAUGAAGAUUUCGAUGUUCUUGCUGAGGCUGGAGAUUUAAUUACUGAUGGAAAGAGACUUCCUAAGACUAAUCUUGGUUUUUCUAAAUGCACUCACUUGACUAAAUUACCGACUAUUGCCAAUAGUGUCCAGUUUCAUCCAGAUAGAAACGUUACCUUUAUCAGUGGGAUGAAUGGACAAAUCGAUAUUGUAAAUGUAGAUGGAGACGAUAAUAAGAAACUUAACUCAGUGUUACUUGAAAAUUUCCAGUUACAUCGAGCUUGUUUCACUACUGACGGAGAAGAUAUAAUUAUUGGAUCCAAGACAACUUUUGGCUAUUUUUACAAUUACAAUAUGAGAACCAGUGUUCAUUCACGAGUACCACUAUUAAUGGGUAAAGAUCGGCUUGCAUUGAAAGAUUUUACUCUCUCACCCAAUGGACAAUAUCUCGCCAGCACUGGUCGUAAAAAUAGUUUCUACCUUAUGAGUAUGAAACCUAAAGAGAUCAUCACCUCAUUCCAGUUAAAUGAUGAAGUUCAUAGUUUAUGUUUCUCUCCCGAUUCAACUAAACUAUUUGCUGGUGGUGAUGAAGGUUUAAUUUAUUGCUAUGAUGUGAGACAAACUAAGCGAUGUUUCCACCGUUUCUACGAUGAUGGUGCAAUUAGCUGUAAAUCUUUAUCAAUUUCUCCAAAUACUGGAUAUUUUAUCACUGGAGACCAAUCGGGCCUUGUCAAUUGUUACAAAUAUGAAGACGUCAUGACCAACCAGAAUCCUAAGCCGAUAAAAAAUUUCACCAACCUGAAAACACCGAUCAACUCAAUUAAAUUUAACAACAGCUCAGAAUUGGCCAUUAUAUCAUCAAGUCACGCCGAUAAUUGUGUUAAAUUAGUUCACUUUCCAAGUUGUACUAUUUUCUCAAAUUUUCCCGUUUCCUUUUCCAACCUUAGACGGGUAAACGCAGUUGACAUCUCACCAAAUAGCGGUUAUAUCGCCCUAGCAAACAACCUAGGAUACGCUUACCUGUAUCGUCUUAAUCAUUUUCCCGAUUACUGAAACGAUCUCCCCUCAAAAUCGGUGUUAAUCAAAUCUAUUUUGAUCACUUUCUCCCUUGUCCAGUUGAAAUUCAAUUAAAAACUGUUUCCAAACCGACCAAACCAAA